CCCGGCCGUCAUGGAGGCGGUGCGGAGGCGCGUGCGGCGCGUGCAGCAGGCCAGGCUCUACCUGCUGCAGCAGCCGGGGCCCAACUCGUUCCUCGUGGGCGGGGACUCGCCCGAGCACAAGUACCGCGUCGUCAUCGGGCCGCAGACUUGUAGCUGUGGGAGAGGACCCCAUUGCUUGCAUCUCCUGUUUGUCAUGCUCCGUGUCUUCCAAAUUCCCGAGUUGGAUGCUCGAAUUUACUCUCGCGAGCUGAAGAAUUUCGAGGUGGAGAGCCUGUUCCAGAAGUACAGAGAGAGGCUCAAUUUGAGAGUAAAUAAUUCCAUGUGCCUGCCUGCUCAAGACUCUCGUAACGAAUCAGGACCCUGCAGCAUUGGAAGCAACGCCAGCAGUGGCUUUGGGAGCAACGGUCCUUCAUGUGCCAACACGCAAGACAGUCGCAUUCAGUCUGGCAGUGAUGUUCAUUCCACGUCUUUACUUUCACCAAACAUCAAGAAUGAGGAAGACUUGUGUCCCAUCUGUCUUCUUGAUAUGGUUGAUGGUGAAAGCUUAGUAACUUGUAACACAGGUUGCAGAAAUCGACUCCAUCACCACUGCAUGGCAAUAUGGGCCCUUGAAUGCACCCAUCAAGGUGAACCAAUACUUUGCCCUCUGUGUCGCCAGGUGUGGACAGGUGACACAGCUAUGACAGUUCUUCCAAUGUCCCCGACUAGAUCACAUACUUCUCAUAACCCAUGGGCUAACACUUCACAUAGUACCUCAACCUUCUGCCCUUCACUCACUGCCCAAGAAAAGAUUACCCAUUCAUAUUUAACCGACAUGACAUUUAGUUCACCUUCCAUGACUCCUCAGACAUCCAGUAGCAAUCAUUUGCAUCACAACCUUAGAACCCAGACUGUUGCUUCUUCACCUGUCAAGCCAGUGAGGAAGUAUGUUGGCAAUUGCCCUCAACCAGUCAAAACAGGCUUUGAAAGGCGAGGCAGUACUGGAACCAGCCUGUCUUCUUCUCAGUCUUCGCACCGAUCCAUGCAGUUGUCCCUCUCUUCAUCGUCAGUUUGUUCAUGUCUUACUGAGGAUGUCACUUUACCUCAUACUGAAGCUAUUCCACCUGAGCAGCUGGGUAUUGCAAGUGAAUGGAUCAAGGUGUUUGGCGUUGAUUUGAUUUGCUGUCUCUACUCAAGAGAUUGGAAAGCACGGGAGAUUGCCUUUCGACGACUCAAAAGUGAUGUCUCUGUGGCUCACUUGUCGGACAAUGAAGAAUACCAACAACGAGUUUUGUCCUGCUGUGCUCGAAUUCUUGCAGUUUUUGCUGCUGAUCCUGUGUACAAAGUUUAUGAAGCAUGGGUGCGUUGCCUUCAAGUAAUGCUAAACCAUGCUCGAUGCAGAGGAGCAGCUGGUGACGCUGAGGAGCUGCAGAGAUUAGUCCGCCCCAUAGUCAGAGCUCUUUUGUUGAAAUGCGCAGAUUGCAACAGAAGAACAUCACAAUUAAGCAUAGAUGUGUUGUUAGAGUUAGCCAAAGGUCAAGAAGGAGACCUUGCAAUAGGCUCUCAACUAAGUCCCUCAUAUGGUAUGGAUGAAGGAAGAAAUCUUAGCCUGGUCCUCAGCUGCAUUUUAGAAGAAUGUGCGGGGGAGGUCUCUAGCAGUAAUUGGCAGUCAUUAGCUGGAAGACUUGUCAUGUUAGAGCGUCUUCUUCACACCUUCCAAGCAGACAUCCUUGCAACAAAUCCCAGCCAUUCUCCAAUUUUAGGUGCUGGUGGACAGAGAUUAGUCAGUAUGCUAGAAUUUUGUGCCAAUGCAUUACGGAGUCCUCAUGUGACGGUCAAUAGACUGGCCCGACAUUUGUUUGUUGCACUAGUCAAAGUAGCUAUGGAUGUGGCUUAUCCUAUGCCUAUCCAAAGAGCCCGUCAACUAAUAUCAACCUUAGAACCAACCUUACAAGCAAGACUUCGCAAAAUGAUUCAAAAUCCUGUGGCUCAGUCCCCAGUUUGUGACAGCAGCAAAAGAGAAUCAACUCCAACUACGCCUCAAAUGAUGCGUAAAGUAUCAGCUUUGAAGUCAGAUGUCUCUCCAGCUAGAUCAAAUUCUUUCCAAGGAAACUCACCUUCGCUUCCUCCCAAACCUUCUCGACUUGCUCCAACUGCCACAUCUGCUCCUAGGCCUAGGGACUUGGACCUCAGUCGCACUAGAACUAAGAGACCAGUCAAGUUCCAAAAUUUGCCUGGCAUUGGUGGAACUUCAAAUUGUCCUAGUCCCAGUCCUGUCACUCCGUUGUUGGCUGGUAACAGUCAGAAACGCUGCGGCCCUACACAGGCGUCAUCGGGCUCCCGACUAGUCAGCCUCUUUAAGAAAAACAACAAAUCAGAAGACAUAUCAGUUCUCCCAACAAAACCUGCAUGUAUUGCUGGAUCUCCUGUUCCUGAUGUACCUUCAGCACACUCAUUAGAUCGUAGACUGUUGGAGGAUUGUUGUGCCGAUGCUACCUUGUGGUCAAAGAAUUCUAAAGUCGGCACUCCAUCAGCUCCUAACAGCACUCCAGUUAAAGGUUCCUUGGAAAGCAACCCAGGCAUUGUGUUGUACCAUCCUCCAAACGAAAAUGUUUUGGACAAGGAACAGGAUGAAGAAAUUGUAGUACCAUUAGUCUUUGAUGAAUUUGAUUUUUCUGAUGGCAGUAGUUGGUUACGUAGUGGGGAUUUACACUCCUCAGCUUUUUACCCUCAUGAACAGAAUUUGGAGGUGUUAAACAAAGGCACGUGUAAAUCCGUUGAAUACUAUGAGCAGUACAGAGAAGGUUCUGAUUGGGUUAGGGGACCUUUGUUAGGCAGAGGAGCUUUCAGUUCUUGUUACCAAGCAUGGGACAUGACAAGUGGCACUAUCAUGGCAGUCAAGCAAGUGUCAUUUUGCCGAAACUCCCUGGAAGAACAAGACCGAGUAGAAAAUGCCGUAAGGCAGGAACUGGAAGUUUUGAAGACUCUUCGUCAUGAAAACAUUGUUCGCAUGAUUGGAGCCACAAGGCAGUCAACUCAUUUCAGCAUGUUUGUGGAAUGGAUGGCCGGUGGGUCUGUGUCUGGUCUUUUAGAACGAUAUGGAGCAUUCAGUGAGCGUGUAAUUCUCAACUACACUCAGCAAGUGCUUACUGGCCUUAGCUAUCUACACCAUAAGCACAUUUUGCACCGUGACCUUAAAGGUGCCAAUCUUUUGGUAGAUAGCACAGGAAAGCAUUUACGCAUAGGUGACUUAGGUACAGCAGCCCAGUUGCAGGCGGCACGUACUCUCUCAGGAGAGUUUCAAGGCCAGCUCUUAGGAACUAUUGCGUUUAUGGCUCCAGAAGUUCUUCGUGGUGAGGAUUAUGGACGCUCCUGUGACAUAUGGAGUGUCGGCUGCUGUAUGAUUGAAAUGGCAACAACAAGGCCCCCAUGGAGAGAAAGCAAUGCAUCCAAUCAUCUUGCUCUGAUGUACAAGAUUGCGUGCAGCAAGGACCCUCCUCGCAUGCCAGAUUCUCUUCAAGGUGCAGCAAGACAACUAGCUCUAGACUGCCUUCAAGUCAACUCAGAUUUGCGCCCAUCAGCCAAGAUGCUGCUUCAAACCCACCCGUUCUCCAGCAGUCCUUCCAAUACCUUCACUGCUGACAGUGGAGAAAGUAACUUUGAUAGUGGCUUCUACUGCUGUGAGAACUGCCCUGAAGAGAUUGACAGCAACCUACCUGGACUACAUGACAACUUUGAUGCUCAAACACUCCUCUCUGCUGUUUGAGGUGUACAAGCUCUGGCUGCCGUUUUCCACAUUUAAGUUUUUGUGGUCCAAUAUCCAUUUGAAUUAUUCAUUUAGUGCCUUAUUAUCAUUCAUCUGGUAACUCUCCCGAUCUCGGGCAUUGAAAGAAUCUUGUCUUGUAUCUUUAGAAAAUCUUCCUGAAGUUGUCUUUUGCUGGCAAUAUUUAUAGUACCUGAAUUUUUAAUUGAAGGAAAUAGUGUUGCUAAAUUUUGUGGAGGGACUUAUACUUAUUGGUGAUGUUUUGACUGUUAAGGAAUUGAAGAGAGAUCUGAUUUGGUUGAACCUAUGCUAUGAGGGACAAGGCAGCUUCGUUGUGUAUUUUCGUGUUUGUCUUUGUCUCCUCAACAAGUUAGCCAUUCUUCUCGUGUCUUUUGCUUGGAAGGGUAUUGAGCUGAACUACCAUCUGUAACAUAUGCUGAAUAUGUUUAAUCCUUGCGUAUGGCCUUCAAAAAAUAUGUAAGGAUUGGAAGAAACAACAGAAUUUCUAUUGUGCCAAACUAAUUGAUACUGCACAACUAAUAGGAAUUAAUUAUUAUUGGUGAUGGAAGUUUGAAGAGUCAUGCAUACCAAAGCCAGUCAUGUCCAGUGUAAUCUGGAACACAAAUAAUACAAUGUAAGGUGUACAUUACACAAAGGAUUAAUUUAUUGGAAGAUCUGGUUUCUGUUACAGUAUUUAAAAUUCUCUUUUUUUGAUUUUUUUAAAUUUAGUGCAUUAUGCAUGGAAGUUCAAACAUCAGGAAUGAAUCUGGCUUCCAAACACAGUACUGAUGUUAUGACUGAUAACAUGUUCUAGGUUAAGAUUUUAAGUUAUGUGUAUAUUUGGUUGUCAAUCAAAGAUUCGCAGAACUUGAAGGCCCUUUUUAUCCUUGCCUCCAUCGAGGCGGUUUCAAUCAAAAGCUAUUAGCUAAGAAUAUUUUUAUUAAUGCCACAUUUUAAUAUAAACUAGAGUUUAUGUAAGGCAUCUGUAUUUAAGAGUCUUAGUCAAUUUGAAUUAUGGCUCAUGUUUCUUUUAAAAGAUGCAGUUUUCUGAGAAGAGUCUUCGUUUCUUCUUGAUGAAUGUUAAUUGUUUCCUAUGGUUUCUCACUGCUCAUGUGCUCCUUUUGUAAUUAAAAAAAAUAAUUUUGAUCUCAGAGAUGAUGAAAGAAUUGUUUUGUAAUUUUACCUCUUUUUCCCUUGGAAAAUACCAUACAGGGUUAUGAAUGUUCAAGUCAUGGUAGAGGGGGAAAUUUGUCACUCUUCCAUGACUCAGUUAAAGAAGCUGCAUCUUUUUUUUACUUACAAAAUUGUUUUUGUAAUUUUAAACCUGGUUUUGUGCAUUAUUUUGAGGUAUUUUUGAUAAGUGUGUUUACCUCUUUGAAUUGUUGAAAUACCCAUUGUUUAAAAUGGGUUUUAUUUUUCAACCUCAACCUAAUUUUAUUAUUCAACCUCUUUUUUUUUUAAUUCAAAAGAAAUAUGAAAUCUUGUAUAUACAAUUUAAAAUGAAUGACACUUGAAAAAAAAAAGUUUACUGACCAGUUUUGUGCAAAAAGCUCUAACAAGUUUGUUGUGUGGUGUGGAUGACAUAUAAGAAAGUUAAGGCAGGACUAACGGUCACAUUACUCAUUUUAGAGAAACUAACAGUAAUCUUUGGUGUGUAUAGUCCUGUGUGCUUUUACCAUGGUGAAACAUCUUUUAACAUACUGCAUAAGCUGUGUCUUAAUUGUUGAAAAUCGUUAUUUAUUAUGCACACUUUAUCUCAGCUUAUCUGAAAUGUCAUCCAAAGGUCAUUUAUGUCUUACAUCUGUUUUUGACAGUAUUACAAGAGUUAGCUGUUGUUUACUUUCAAUCAUGACCUUGUGAGGAGGGGAGAGAAAAAAUAUGUGGAAUGUUUACGGGUAGUAAUAAUCAUGUAUCUGACGGCAAACUUUGAAAGAUUUUACAUGUCCUUUCUGUAUCUGUAACUCUUCCUUUCAUGCUGACAAGAAAAUCGGACAACGUUUGUUUCAGUAACUCAAAUCAUUUGUUUACGACUCUUUUUGUACUGGCUCUUUUUCUCUCUAUGUGAAUAUGAAUCUCAGCAUUUUUGGAAUUUUUCCUUCUGCUCAGAAAUGUUAUGUUAUCAUGAUAGGAAGAGUGGGAAUCUUUGUUACAGAUUUGAGAAUUAUAGUGUUCAUUCAUGGUUCUUUGUCUGUUACUACAGACUUAUCUUCUUAUAUUUUUACAAGAAUGUAGCUAUAACAAAUUGUUCUGAAUUAAAGUACUUAUACCUGUG